AUGUGGGAAGGUCGACCGAUCGAUUUUAUCAAUGGUUGGCCAAUAUUUGGAAAUGAUAAUGAUAAUACUGGAAUAUCCAUGUCCACAUCAAUGAUAAUGAAUUGUAACUCACCAAAAUUAAUCAGUAAAGAAAAUCACACUAAUUCAUUACAACAUCCACGACGUAGCGAACGUGAUAAAGCAUCCUGUAAACCGGAUCAAUUAUCAGAUCCGGAUGCAACAGCUAAUGGUUCAAGUUCGAGCGUCAGUUGGCAACUUCUUUCCGUCACACUUCAUCGAAUUCCAAAAGUUGGUUUCGGGAUAGCAGUAUCCAGCGGUCGGGAGAAUCCGAAUUUUACAUCGGGUGAUCCGACUGUAAUCGUAAGUGACGUGAUUCCAACUGGUCCUGCUUGGGGACUUGUUCAAGUGAACGAUUGCAUCUUAUCAGCAAACGGUGUUGCACUUGAAACAGCUGAUUACGCGGAAGCGAUAAAGAUUAUGAAAGAAUCGCAACAAUUAAAUAUGAUUGUAAAACGACGAGUACCAGUACCACAUAUCGAAUAUGAGCAACGUACACUAAAAUUCACCUUAUCAAAAUCUCGAAAAAAGGAAGAUUUUGGUAUCAUACUUGGUUGUAAAUUUUAUAUCAAAGAAAUUACAAAUCGUAAAUUAGCUGAAAAGGAUCCUGGUUUACGUGAAGGUGACACGGUUCUCAGGAUAAAUGGUCAAUCCGUAGAAGGUGUCACAAUUGAGGAAGCAACCAAAUGGCUUUCAAAAAGUCGCGAAAAACUUUCUCUUGUUGUUCAAAGAGAUGUACGACGAGAUAGUAGCAGAUGGCCAAGUCAGAAUACAGUUUAUGAACGAUUAGGUUCGGUAUCAGGAACACCACGACAUAGUCCAUCACCGAUGCAUAAUUUACAUCAGUCAUUAGCACCACGAUCAUCACUUGAAUAUGUCAACACAUCAACAAUGUCAAAUGCUAGAUGGUCUCAAAGUGAACGACAGUCAAUUGAUUAUGGAGAUUUUCAUCGAAGAAAUGGAAGUAUUACAAACAGUCAAAGUAGUCAAAGUGAUGUGAGCAUUAGAACAAUUCGAUUUCGAAAAAUUGGAGGAAGUUUGGGUGUUCGUGUAAUUGGUGGAAAUCAAGUUGGUAUCUUUGUAUCAGCUGUUCAAGAAGAUUCACCUGCUGCAAUACAUUCUAUCAGAUCGGGUGAUCGUAUUUUAUCUGUUAAUGAGAAAUCAAUGAUUGGUGUUACUCGAGAAGAGGCUGUUCGUCAUUUAUUAGCACUACAUGAUGAUGUGACAAUUAAAGUGGAAUAUUCGGCCGUAGAUUAUGAAAGAAUCAGAAAUGGACCAUUAGGAGAUAAUUUUUAUAUUAGAACUCAUUUUGCUCAUCAAAAAACAUCCAAUCAUUUGGAGUUAUCAUUUCAUAGCGGUGAUAUUUUUCAUAUCACUGAUACUCUUUUUGGUGGAACAGUUGGUUUUUGGCAAGCUACACGUGUUUAUUCUGCUGCUGAAAAUGGAAAUUAUAUUCAAAAUGAUAAUAAUAAAGGCGUUAUACCAAAUUCAGAAACUGCUGAAAAAUUAGCAAAAGCGACACGUAAUGAUACGUCAACAUUUGGUCGUUCUACUUUUUUCCGUCGAAAAUUGAAAGAACGACGAACAAAAUCGUUAACAAAGAAUGUAAUCGAUGAUGUAACUUUUGAGAAUGCUUGUGAUAUGACUUUUCCUGCUUAUGAACGUGUCACAUUGAGGCAUCCACAAUUUCAGAGGCCUUUAGUACUUUUUGGUCCAUUAGCUGAUAUUGCUCGACAACGAUUGUUAGCUAAUUUUGCUGUUCGUUUUGCUGGUGUUAUCGAUGAAAGUAUCGUACGAUUAAGUGCAAUUGAUGCUGUUAUUGCUGCAAAUAAGCAUUGUGUACUAGAUAUUAGUCCAGGAUCAGUGGAACGUUUACAACUUGCGCAAUAUGCGCCUAUUGUUAUUUUCAUUGAUGUUGAAAGUCGAAGCAGAAUACGUGAACUUCGAAGUAAAGCUGGUGCUCCAACUAUUUCUUCCAAAAAACUCUCUGAACAAGCUCAUAAAAUUAAGAAACAUUACUCAUAUCUUUUAACAGCAACACUAGAUGCAACAAAAGAAGAUGGUUGGUUUGAAGCUCUAUUACAACUAAUAUCUCAUUUGCAAGAUCGUCGAGUAUGGAUGCCAGAAUUUCGACCACUUACAAAUUUAAAUGAUGUUAUCUUGUUACCCAUGCAUAGUUUUCAAAAUCAGAGUGAUUCCGAUAUAGAAUCAUUAAAGGGGGAUUAUUCAACUAAUGAAUAUUUCACAAAAUCACAAUUACAAUUGGAAAAUAGCGAUCCUCUUGUGAAAUCCGGUUUUGAUCCUCAACUAAGUACCUAUGAUCCUCAAUAUCCAGGACCACUUCGUUCAGUUCAAUCACACCUGGUGAAUUAUCCACCACCACCAUCACCAGCUACCGCUUCUUCUUCUGCUACUGCUACUGCUACUGCUGCUGGAAUGUUAGCAUCACGAAGCAAUUUCUAUCAAAACGUUCAUCCUUGUGAGCCUUUGUCACAGUAUUCUUCACGUGUGCAACUCUCAACUUCAUCCGUUAAUCCUAUCACAGCACAGCACUCACCUUUUCAUCGUAAUUGUUAUGUUGAUAUGACACCUGCUACAACCUUAAUGCCAUGGGUUACAUUACCUCGUCGUCAUAACAGUCAUGGCGUUGACACUUUCCCAGCAACAACAAAGGAUUCAUCUAGUUUGAUUAUCACUAAUAAUUCUAAUCGACCCAUGGAUCAAUCACAAAUUUCACUAACAAAUUCUGGUAUGUCUCAUCAGCUAACCUCUAUGCAACAACACUCACCAAUUCUUCAACAACGACAACGAAAUGUCAUGCAAUCUGGUUCUCCUCGUCUUACACGAAAUGCUCAGAAGUUACCUGUCAAAGUGUCACCACCACGAUCACCUAUCAGUUUUACAGGAUAUCCAACCUUAACAGCACGUGAUAGCACAACAUCUGCUGUGAUAUCAACUAGUAAUAGUAAUACAACGACUACAAAUGUCAUUGCAGACAUUAGCAAUAAUCGUCGAGUCAGUCAUAUUAAUACAUCUGGAACUAUAAACACCAAUGCUAAUACCAUCACUACUGGACCAAUACAAGCUGGUUUUAGUGGUGCAAAACAGAUUUUGGCCGAAGGUACUGAAGAGUAUCCAACUGGUGGUACACGAGAAAUGGUACGAAGUCAUGUUGAAAAUGUUGAUAAUUCAUCGUCAUCAUCAUAUAAUGCAAAUAAUUCUGUAAUUAGUGGUCAUGAUAUGAUGACGAUGAUGCAUUCGGGACGAACAGGAUUGUUUUAUGAUCAUUUAACAAGAGAUCGAUGGGUUAGUAAUCAAAGUGAGAAAAAGCAAAAUGUGUCAUCGCAAAUUACUCAUUCACCGUUUCGUACUUCAAAUGCUCCAUUAUCAUCGUUACCUCGUGAAAGUCCGAUAUUGAUAAGCGAGAAUAAUGAAACGAUGCAUAACACUGAUGAUGAUAGUUCUAUUCUGCGAUUAUCACAUGCAUCUCCAACAAGUGAUUUAAAUGGUGCAAUGGAUCGUAUCACUAGUGCUGAUAAUAGUGAUAUCACAAAAAAAGAAGUUAUUAUCAGUUCAGAUCCUAAUGCUACAGUUAUUGAGCAUUCCACAGCAAUAAUAGAUGCCCGUGGUGGAAGAUUAAAUUGCCCAAAAACUGGUGUUUCAUUAAUCAUUCCGGAAGGAGCAAUUAAUGAAGGCAUUCAGCAAGAAAUUUACGUAAAAGUUUGCCGUGCAAGCGAUGCCGGAAAUCGACCACCACUUGAUGAAAGUCGCGGUGAAAGUUUAAUGAGUCCACUGGUGAUGUGUGGACCACAGAAUUUGCAAUUCAAUAUUCCGGUCGAAUUACGAUUGCCUCAUUCUGUGUCAAAUAGUAGUGAAAAUUGGUCACUAGCUUUAAAAUCUGGUACUGGACAGCAAUGGGAUCAAGUAUCAUUGGAUAAGAAUACUUCAUCAGUGAUUUCAAUUAUGAUAUUAUCAAUAUUUACUACUCUAUAUAUGAUAUUAAUUGCACAAGGAGUUCAAGCAUGGUGGUUUCAUCCAGUUGAUUAUGGUUAUGGUCAUUAUCAUACUUCUUGGUAUCAUCCUUAUCCUGCUUUUGGUCCAGUGUCAUAUUAUCAUCCUCAUCCUUAUCAUCCUUAUCACUAUGCUGAUAUUCAUCACAUGUAUGCUGCACAUAGAGGUGCACAAAUUGGUGCUGCACUUGGUUCAUUGGCUGCAAAUCUUGGUAGGAAGAAGUGA